ACAGAUGAAGGUACUCAGGCAGUCUAGAGCUGGUAUCCCCGAGCUGAGGUAGCAUUAAAGCUGUGAUACACACAAGGCCUGCAACUAUCACAACAAAACUUGGACCAGAUGAACUUGCCUGCCUGCCAACUGGAAGGGAAGCCACAGACAAAGAAAGGCUUUGUUUAAGAAACUCAAGAGGAAAGAAAAGCGGCAGUUACUGGCAAGAGAACGAGAUGAAAAAUUGGUUCAAGGAAGUUCAUGUGAUGAAGAAAGGAUGAUUGACAUACUCUGAAAGUUUAAAGGCCUGCUUGCAGAAAAGUUUUAACAAGUACAUCUGAAUAUAAUCAAAACUGGUUGCUUGUUGAGAUUUGAUAUGAUUAAGAACAUUGCGUCAAUAAAGCAGGGUAGAUGGUCCCCAGGCCAUGAGGCUUGUGUUGCUAGGGAGGAAGAGGAACUACGCCAGGCUGUGCUGGAGGCAGAGGCAGAGUCACACAGGCAGAGGGAGCUGUGGGAGUGGCAUGAAGAGCGCUACAGGGAGCAGCUGAGACUGCAGGCUGAGCAGAGGGAGAGGGAGCAUCAGCAGAGACUGGACACAGAGAGAAAGAUAAAGGAAGAAUGGGAGGAGAGGCAGAGGAAAGAAAAGGAAGAAGAAGAAGAAACAAGAAAGAAAAAAGAGAAGCAGGAUGAACUGCUCAAGCAAGCAAGGGAAGCAGAAAACAAGGAUGGUGACUGGUCCAACCCGCUGGGACCCAUUCAGUACAGUGAGGAUCGCCAGCAGGAGACCUGCCCCUUCUUCACCAAGGUCGGAGCAUGUCGCUUUGGGGACAGAUGUUCACGUGCCCACCCGUACCCAGACCAGAGCAGGACUGUCAUGUUCUCGGGGAUGUUCCGCCAUUUCCAGUUGGACCAAGGCCUCAGUGAGGAGUAUGACACUGACAUUGUGCUUGAGUAUGAGGAUAGUGAUGUUUACCAGAAGUUCCGUGAGUUCUAUGAAGACACACUGCCAGAGUUCAGAAGUAUUGGUAGCGUAGUACAGUUUAAGGUCUGCUGCAACUACCAGCCUCAUCUGCGUGGCAAUGUCUAUGUGGCUUACUCCAGGACAGAGGAUGCCUUACAAACCCUGUCUCAGUUCAAUGCUCGCUGGUAUGAAGGCAAGCAGCUCUCUGGACAACUCGUGGAAAUCAAGUCCUGGAGGAGAGCCAUUUGUGGUUUAUUUGGAAAAGGAAAAUGUCCAAAAGGUAAAGAAUGCAACUUUCUCCAUGUCUUCAAAAAUCCAAGCUCUGAGUUUAACAUGGCAGAUAGAGAUAUGGAGCCAUUCACAACACAUAACUAUCGUCAUAGAAACCAAGAGUAUCAUAACGCAGAGAGAAGUUCCCGGUUUUCACGCUACAGACAUUCACGAUCAAGAGAGAGUAGCAAGUCUACAAGUCAUAGACAUUCAGUUAUGAGCUCAAGGUCACGGUCAAGGGAAAGUAGAAGGUCACAAAGAACCAGAUCUAGAGAAAGGUCUCGGAGGUCACGGUCAAGGUCAGAAGAAAGGUCAAGGCAUGGAAAAAAUAAUAGAAGAUCUGUAGAGAACUUAAGAAGGUCAAGUUCUAAAUCAUUGGACAAGAAGUCAUUUUCAAAAAAGAGAAGUCCCUCCAGAGAGUCAUCUAAAAGAGAAGUUGAAAGUAUGGAAGACACACCUGAAAAUGGGUCAGAGGGAAGUAGAACAUCAUCACUCUCAUCUAAUGAUGACUGUGACUCGCAAAAACAAAUGGCAUUCAAGAGGUCAACAGAUACAAAACAAGACCACCAUGCAAUUAAGAAAUAUAAGAAACAUAAAAACAAUAAACAUAAAAAGAAAGAAAAAGUUGCGCAAGUGGAUAAUAUUGAGCACUAUGAACAAACUGUUUGCUGUGAAGAUUAUGUUUGGGUUGAGAAGACGAUCGAAGACAAACCAUAGAUUUGUGUCCAGUUGUUAUUAGUAAAUCUUCAAAAAUAUCAAGCAAGUGAGUCGCGUUCUGAGAAAACUGGGCAUGAUGCUUGUGCGUAAAGUGUCAUCCCAGACUGCACAGGCUAAUCAGGGAGGACACUUUCCGCUUUUAUGACUUUUUUCUUUCAAAUGAAGCAUCUUCUUAUCAACAAUCCAAUUUAAACGGAAAGUGUCAUUCCUGAUUAGCCUGUAAGGACUGCACAGGCUAAUCUGGGACGACACUUUACGCACAUUGCAUUAUGCCCAGAUUUCUCAGAACGCAACUCAAGUAUGCAUAGAUCAGAGCUGUAGUAUUACCACCAAUUUUGAGCAAUAUUUGUACAAACACUUCGGAUGCAUUGAUAGUUAUCAUAAUAUGCAAGGGCUGUAUAUUUAUGUAAGGGCUGUAAGCUGAACAAGUCGUUGACAUUUUAAGCACUUUCAGGCAGUACUUUGGUUUAUGAUGACACAGUGAGGAAGACAUUACAAUUUAACACUAUUGUUUUUUCUUUUUUAUGUCAUGUUGAAUAAAAUUAAUUUUGAUUG